AUGCUUCUAGCACGUGCUGUGCUCCGGUCCCACACGAAGGUGUCUAAUGAGCCCAUGAUGAUGAUGAUGAUUUCUUUUCCAGGGGCGGCCAUCAAGUGCUGGGAAUGCAAGUCUCACGCGGAUCCCCGGUGCGCGGACCCGUUCGACAACACGUCGCUGCCCAUCUCCGAGUGCGCGGCCCGCAAGCUGCCUCACUACCCGAACCUUCAGGCCACCAUGUGCCGGAAGACGCGCCAGAAAGUGUACGGAAACUGGAGGUUCAUCCGCUCCUGCGCGUUCCUGGGCACCCCCGGCGAAGGCACGUACGACGAGAACUACUGCCUUAUGCGGACGGGCACGUACGACGUCUUCGUCGAGACCUGCACCUGCAACAGCAAGGACGGGUGCAACGCCGCGCCGCAGCACGGCGCCACGGUCCUCCUCUGCCCGCUCCUAGCGCUCCUAGCGGUGGCGUGGGCGGGAGGCCUUCUGCUCAAGUAGUGACACUCUUCAGGACUCGAGACUAGCGCGCACCGACGGAACUGGGCCGGCCACUGAUCUCUGUACAGUGCCCUGGCUACACUGCACGCUUUGAAGCCGCGAAGCUGCCAUCUCUUUUGCAAUAGCAAACUACAGCUUUUACAGUGCGUGGUGCCUUUGCGGUGUGGUGCCCCCUCAUGACGUCAUCUGGUGACGCCUAGCGGGCCAGGCCCGCGUUGUCAUCAAUUGCCAAAGCCGCAUUUCUUUUUUGAAAGACUUUUGGAAGUGAAAAGAGCAGACGUCUUCGUCUGAACAGUUUCCUACGUCUGGUUGAGACAUUUGCGUUUGAGUGUGACUAGAGGAGCCUAGAUCUAAGAGAGGGAGCAGUUCAAACCGUGAGGAGCUUUUUCAAUUUAAUGGCGGACGCCUCCUGCAGAGAUUGGCCGCAAGUGCGCAUGCGUUGGGUUGUCACGUGGCCAGAAGGAAUGCGGGCAGAGACAGACAUACGCAACCAUCUCGUAGAGAGCAGUCACACUCGAACGGAAAUGCAUGAACCAGUUUUGAUCCAUCAAGACCAUAGGAAACAUACCGACAUUGUCGUCUUUUUCUUCUUUUUUUUUUUUUUUUUUUUUACGCUAUAUUUUGCGUAUUCCGUCCAUGCCUGAAGUGCCAGAGUGUAUGUGAUCAUUGGUGACAUGACGCCAACGUCCUUUCUCAACGGCGUAUGCUUGUGUUUUCGUUCAUAAAAUGGGAAUGUUUGAUGUGGGAGUAUGUACAGACGAGCACACAGUUAACAAAAAGAGGCAGGAGUGUGAGACUUCAUAGGCACGCUCAGUGACCAAUUUUUGGGCUGACUAUCGCUUGUAGAGACGUAAAUGAGUAUUUCAGGGCCGCUUACACCAAACUCUGCUUACCGAGAAGCAUCAACAGAUUACCAAGGUACACUCUAUGCUUCCUUGUUCAUAUUAUAUAUUUUAGCUUUUUUGUUUUUUUAGUAUAUAGAUGUGCAAAAUAUGGUUGUACAUUUUGUGGGUGUCUUUAAGAUUACCCAUUUGCGUAAACGUAGCGAGCGUUUUCUUUUUUUUUUCUUUUUUUUGCAUUGCGGUUUGCAGUUAAGUACACUAUGGUGCGACACACAAAAAUCCGUGGAUAAUAAUUUUUUUUAUUCGAUAUUCUUGGUUACCCUAUUUUUGUAACAUGGUGGGCGCACUCAACAAGGAGAGCAACACAUGUUAUUGAUGUGAAAUCUGCACCGUUCGUUACCACAACUACCUAUACACGUGCGUGCUUUCAACUUCUCGCGUUUGGUACGCACGAUACUAGACUCAUGUAUACUCUCAAAACAGAGCCCAAAACACUAUUUGACACUCAAUGUAAAGGUUCCUCGUUUUUCGUAAGGUUCCUCGUUCUGGAUGUUACCAAGGUGGCAAACUAUGUACAAGAACACGUUAUCGGAAUUGUUCGCGGGAGAUCGGAGGAGGGCAAUUUCCCUCUCCUACCCCUCAAUCGUUUUCUAGAAAUGUCUGAAAUAUCUGGAGGGACAAGAUGUCGAACUGCUGCUGCUCUCGUGUUUUCCUUCACGGCAUCAUUACUGUUGUGAUACAAUGAAAAAGAGGGGAAGAGUGGGGGGAAUAGCUCCACCUACUCCAUUGCUUUGCUCGAGCGCGCGGACGUUUUAACUGCGGGCUGACAGCUACACUGUAAGAAACCUGAAACAUGUGCCGUGCCGCAAGGCACAUUGGGGAGCCAAUCGCUGCUAUUGACAGAGGGAGCUCGGGCGAAAGACCUGACUGAAAAUAUGUUUAGACCUAUAUAAAGAAAAAAAAAAAAAACUGUCUGCGCUGUGUGCACUGAACACAGUGAAGCGUCAUGCUCAAUGCCACAGCGCACACUUUUUUUUUUUAAGUUUCCACAUAUAAUGAUUAUCAUUAUCCCCGUCAUUCACCAAGCUCCCCUCCGUAUAAUGACUACAGCGAUGGGCUCCCCCAAUUGCUGAUAGUUGAGAACAUAAGUGCGAGUCUAUGUUGACUCAUUGGUUCACACGCCCUGCAUCGGAACAUCCCUGAAAUAUACAGUGAUCCUCGUCGUUGCGUAAGGAAACAUUAAAUGUAUUAUAUAACGCAGGCGCAAACGACGUAACGACGUCCUCCGUCCAACGGCGCCCCUCACACACUCGCACACAUUAAACAAACAAAAAUGUGAAGUGUCCUUACGCCUGUCGGCGAUCUGAGAGGCGCUGCAUGCGGACGAUAAAACUCUUCGCUUGAUGCGUGCCCGUGUAUUAGUGCGUGCAUGUCGCUGAGUGCGUGUUCUCAACACACUAUCGAUUCAAGACAGUGACGCGAAAUUCUCUAGCAUAUUUCACGAGCCUUUUUUUUUUUUUUGCUCAUAUCGACGACUCAUUGCGGUCGGAUGGACAGACAAUAAAGAAGUAUUUUUAUACCGA